ACGAGCCUCUGCCCUUAUCAUUAUUGACUCGAGAUAUUCAUCACUGUCGCUCCACCUGGAAAUGCCCAUGCUAGUUGUCACGGAUUGCAAGAAGAGCGCACGCGAAUUGCGAUAGCUAGCGUUACACGACAGGCACUCACCCAAGCGCUUGUACACGCACAAUGCUCGAUGCCGAAUCACGCUUACAGAAUCAUACAACGCAUAUAGCCUCCUACUCUUUCUCGUGCGCAACACCUAUCGCUACCCUCUAACUAUUGCCCAACACAUUGCAACCUUCUCUCUGCAACCGGGCAAACCCGCGCAACCUUCAAGGCACCAGAACGCGUCGUCAGCUGACGCCACUCAACCUACCAACAUCACAUUCAACAACGAAACAACGAAAAUGGACUUCUCAAACAACGUUUUCAUCAUGGCUUGCAGAUGGGGCUGGACUAGCUCCUCCAGAUUCAAAUGGUGCAAGUUCGCAAACGCAGGUGGCUUCUUCCACACCCCAGUCCGCUCCAUCUCCCUUCAACAACGUGCGCUCAAAACGCUUCGCGCCAUGCCAAGGAAGAUUGUACCAUCAGCUUUUGUGUUCGCAUCGCAUUCGCACCGAUCUAGUGGAAGAUUGCGGUGCGAACUGCAUAGAACCUUUCGGAAACGUCUCGGGUCCAGCAUUUAUAUGCAACGAAUGUAUGGAUGCCGAGGCGGCAAAGAUCUGGGAAGAGCGUAAAGCACAGCAUCUUGCCUCUUACCCACCCACAGCGCAAAUGACUAAGGAACAGUAUGAUCGGUAUUAUCUGGAGCAUCGACAACUUGAAGCCGACUAUGCGCGCGAUCGGAGGGCUUAUGAGAUGGAUCUUAAAGCGAAGAUGCGACCGAGCAAUAUCUGCUCUGCCAUCGAAGUGAGCAAGGAAGAGGCGGAAUUCGCCACUGAGCUUGAUUCUUUGUCCCUGUCACUCAUGGCAUCGAAUGACGGUACCACGAACCAUGCCCAAUUUCAGCAACACGCUCGUCCCAGGGUCAGCUUGCCCACCGAUGCAUCCGAACAGCUUCAUUGGGAUCUCAAUACUCUCGCGCUGGAACGCGGCUCCUGUGGCGUUGAGUACACAGCUCAAGGGCCCAACAGCGCGUCUACUUCACAAGGCCUGCCUCAAGAAGAGCUCUGGGGCAAGCCUCGAGGGUGAUUGGCGGGAUAGACUAGUACACAAAUAUGCAGUACCAACAAGUCACAAACGAUUGUGCACGACAGGAGUCCAUCCGUUAGCAAUGCGGUCUCUGGAGUUUAGCGGCAUUUCAGGUGUUUAGGAUACCCAAGGAGCAGGUUGAGCCACUUGGUACUAGGAUGCUCCAGAUUCACGGUGUGUAGAUGUAUCAAUGACAUAUGAACAAUGACACAACUAGCUCUUUUUUCC